AUGGAGGGUCUUUUUUUCAACGUCAACAGCGGUUAUAUCGAGGGUAUUGUCCGUGGUUAUCGGAACAGCCUCCUAACCGGCCAACACUACUCCAACCUGACCCAAUGCGAGACGAUUGAUGAUGUCAAACUGCAGCUUGCCCCCGCCUAUGGCGACUUCCUCGCCUCCCUCCCUCCCAACCCUUCUACCUCUGCCCUUGCGGGCAAGAUGACGGAUAAGCUGGUCGCUGAGUUCCGCUACCUCCUCGCGCAGGCCACGGGGUCGACCGCCAAAUUCUUGCAAUACCUUACGUACGGGUACAUGAUCGACAACAUCGCACUGCUCAUCACCGGUACUCUGCACGAACGUGACACUCGCGAGCUCCUCGAGCGAUGCCACCCCCUAGGCUGGUUCGAGACGCUGCCUGUUCUUUGCGUCGCCACGAACAUCGAAGAACUCUACAACUCUGUGCUGGUUGAGACGCCGCUGGCCGGUUACUUCAAGAGCAGUCUGAGCCAUCAGGAUCUGGAUGAACUGAACAUUGAAAUCGUGCGCAACACGCUCUACAAGAACUACUUGGAGGACUUCCACCAGUUCGUCACCACACACCCUGAUUUCAAGGGCACCCCCACGCAAGAGGUCAUGUCCGAGAUCUUGCAGUUCGAGGCAGACCGCCGUGCCAUCAACAUCACUCUGAACUCGUUUGGAACGGAGCUGUCGAAGCAAGAGCGGAAGAAGCUGUACCCGGAGUUUGGCAAGCUGUACCCAGAGGGAUCGCUGAUGCUCUCGCGCGCUGAUGAUAUUGAAUCCGUGGCUCUGGCCGUGAGCAUUUCUGCGGACUACAAGGCGUUCUUUGAUGCUGUUGGUCUCACGCAGGGUGGUGGUGGCCUGGGUGGUAUGGGUGGCUCGGAUGGAAAGAGUCUGGAGGACCUGUUCUACCAGAAGGAGAUGGAGCUGAGCAAGGUUGUCUUCACAAGGCAGUUCACCCCGGCUGUGGUAUACGCAUGGAUGAGACUGAAGGAGCAGGUGAGUUACCCUUUUUCACAGACCAAUCUAACAUCUACUAACAAUGGAUCGCAGGAAAUCCGCAACGUCACAUGGAUUGCCGAGUGUAUUGCCCAAAACCAGAAGGAGAGAAUUGGAAACUUCAUUUCCGUUUUCUAG